UUUUGUAAUAUCUACAAUAAAAUCAAGUCAGAAGGAGAUAAUUAGCCGCCCAAAUGCGGCUUACUUAUUGUACUAGGGUACUAUUUUUCCACACUAUGUAGUGGACUUGUAUGUUGUUUGGGACACAGCCCAUGUUGUCUCGAGCUUUUCUUCAGCUCGUGGUGUAACAGCUGACGGUCGGAGAUACAAAAGCUUAUAAAACGCACCCGUUUACACACAGACGCACGAGAGCUGCAAGUCUGACUGAAAUGUUGAGAAACGCAUCUUUGUUCUUUUUGCUUGCUGUGGCUGUCUGUCACACAGAGCAGCUGAAAAGUAAGAGUAAAGUGUGUGCAAAUGUGUUUUGUGGAGCAGGACGAGAAUGUGCUGUGACAGAGAAAGGAGAACCUACCUGCCUGUGUAUAGAGCACUGUAAGCCCCAUAAGCGGUCAGUAUGUGGCAGUAACGGCAAGACAUACCGCAACCACUGUGAGCUUCACCGCGACGCCUGCCUGACCGGUCUCAAGAUACAAGUGGCUUAUGAUGGACACUGUGAAGAGAAAAAGACAAACAAGGUCGCUACCAGCCCAAUUGUGUGUUACCUUACUGAUCGUAAUGAGCUGAGGAGCCGUCUGAUCGAGUGGCUGCAGACCGAGGUGGUGCCUGAUGGCUGGUUUAACAAAGGCUCUAACUUUAGUGAUGUCCUUCUCAAAUACUUCCAGAACUAUGAUAAUGGCGAUGCUCAGCUGGACUCCAGCGAGUUCCUGAAGUUUAUUCAGCACAACGAAACAGCAAUCAACAUCACCUCAUUUACAGACAAGGAGAAUAACAGACUGCUGAGGAGUCUCUGUGUGGAUGCCCUGAUUGAGCUCUCAGAUGAGAAUGCUGACUGGAAAUUGACUUUUGAUGAAUUUCUCAACUGCCUCAAGCCUGGCUUCAAUCCUCCUGAGAAAAAGUGUGCACUGGAGGAUGAGACGUAUGAGGACGGAGCCGAGACGCAGGUGGAGUGUAACCGCUGUGUCUGUGCCUGUGGGAACUGGGUCUGUACUGCUGUGACCUGUGACGGUUCAGAGAAGUUUCCUGCUUUGGAGGAAAUGGAUGGAGGUGAUAAAGAGAUGACAGAGGAAGAAUGGAUCCGCAGAGUCGCUGAACUCAACAAACAUCAGGAAACUGUAGAGAAGAUGAAAGUGGGCACCAAGGAGGUCUAAGUGAAGAGACUGAAGCAGUAGGGCAGAUUAGAGGAGGAUGCAAAUGGACAUGAAUUAUCUACCACCAUCAUUCAGUCCACUGUAGUGUGAUUUUUACUUUAUAUUUUUUUUAUAUUUUGUGUUAAUUACAUUCUAAAUGUCAGUACCUAAUGUUUUUAUGUUAAUCUUAUGAGGCGAUCUCAUAGAGACUUAUUCUAUGUUUACUACAACGUUUUGUUUAUAAAAUAUAUUUUAUACCACUUUUGUAAUGGAAAGAAUGAUAAUGUGUGAUCGUGCUAACGGUGCUGCUGUAUGAGCUAUCAAAUCACCUUAAAGAAUACUUAAAUCUGAAAUCAGCAUUGAACAUGUUACAUCACUGAUAAACAGCACCAAGGCACUUAAGCUCUUUAUCAGACUAUUUAUUAAAUGUACUGUAUUUUAAUGCCUCACAUUAUAAACUACCAAAGGACAGCUCAGGCUCUACCACACGGUCAGUUUGCAAUAACACACCAGUUAAAAUGAUCAGAGUGUCAUAGGACUUUCUUGAAUAUUCCAAAAACUGGCUCAGACUUGGUGAACAAAUUUGAGAAGAAAUAGAAAUUGAAAGUAGCUUAAAAAGAUGGACAGGUAUAAACAUAUUUUCUAUGAAUGGAAAUUCCCUUCUGUGGCUCAGAAAAAAAAUAAUUCUGUAUAUAUUACUGAAUAUAUGCUAUCUGAAUCUAAAUUAUGUGCUUCAUUAUAAAUCGGUUAAUCAUUGACAUCAUAUGAUCUAGUAUGAUUAGUUAGAUCAAUUAUGGACCUUUGAACAAUAUAAAAAUAUCUUCUUAAUCUGGUUAAAUAUAUGGGCAUACUGAUUACUGGAAAGUAAAUUAUAAAUCAAGACCCAAGUAAAUGUUGAUUAACUAACUCAACAAAAGAAAAAACAUUUUUCAUUCUUAAAUUAAGCAUUUUUAAAUCAAUUUAUCCAUUUAAGCCUAGAUUAUACGGCUCGUCUGCCGUGAAAGUCCCUGUGUAGGUUGUUGCUCAAUAAAACAGUAUAUAUUGUAUGUACAGCAGAUACUGGAUCAACUGCUGAAUAAUGAUUCCUGAGUGUGAUGUAUUGAAUUUUUCUAGGAAAUUGAUAUUCAGUGAUAGUUCUUGUCUCUUGUCACUUCCUGAAACAUACAAAUGCAUUAAACGGGUAAAUCGGUGUAAUUUCCUUGUACGCUUUAGUACACUGCCAUUGAAUCAUUCAUUUUCAACAGCCACAACAUUUUGCUUAGUACCAAUAAACCAUGUAUUGAACAGUG